AUGCGGAGCCCCUUGCGACGCCGUCGAGGCAUCCCCGAUGCAUCGCCGACGCCGCCGGUGCAUCAGCGAUGCGGCGCGAUCCUCCGACCCCAUCUGGGAGGCCUCCAGGAGCCGGAGGUGGACACAGAGCUCCGCGCGGCGCUGGGCGAGCCGUGCGCUGGGCGCCUGUGCGACUUCCUGCGGCGGCAGCGGCCGGGGGGCCAGGCGGGGGCCCCCCCCUCGGGCUCCGAGCGGCCGCCCCCCAGCGGCGGAGGCGAGGGCGGCGCCGCCGAGGCGUCGGAGGAGCCACCGCCCUUCGUGGACUUCGACGUCGACGGCAUCGGCGACGGCUCCAAGGAGGCCCGGAAGCGGGCCCACCAGACCGUGUCGAAGUUGUUCGGGUCCUUCUUGAACACCGAGACUGUGGAGGGGGAGGGCGACACGCGCACGAUCCGGGUGUGGAUGCGGGAGGCCGAGAAGCGCGCCAAGGCCGCCCCGGGGGCCGCGGCGGACGGCUCUGGCAGGGACGGCAAAGGCGCGGCGGGCGCCAAGGACGGAGGCGGCAAGGGCAGAGGCAAGGGCAAGGGCAAGGGCAAGGACAAGGGCAAGAAGGGCAAAGGCAAGGGCAAGGGCAAGAAGUGCCGCGAGGAGGACGCCGACGAGGCCGCUGGCGAGGGAGCGGCGGGCGCAGGAGAAUUCGGGACCCUCCGCCGGGAGGGGUGGCCGAAGGACCGCCCGGAUUACUUGUACUUCCGCCUGUUCAAGGAGAAUUGCGACACCAGCGAAGCGAUUGCCGGCAUCGCCCGGUGCGUCGGCCGUUCCACGAAGCAGUUCUCCUUCGCGGGCACGAAGGACCGCCGCGCGGCGACCGUCCAGCAGGUGUGCGCCCACCGGCUGCCCGCGGACCAGCUGCGCAGGUCGGUGCUGCACCGGCUUUGGGAUAAGCGAGUGCGCAUCUCGGACAUGGAGUACCGCGCUGAGCGCCUUCGGCUCGGCCGCCUGCAGGGCAACCGCUUCGACGUCUGCCUGCGCGGCGUGCGGGCGCCUGGAGCGGAUGCGGCUGGACUGCCUGCCGUGGUGGACCGCGCCUUCGAGGCGGUUGCCGCCGGGGGCUUCCUCAACUACUUCGGGCUGCAGCGCUUCGGCACGCGCGAGGUGCGCACCCACCAGGUGGGCACCGCCAUCAUCGCCGGCAGGUGGCAGGAGUCCGUGAGGCUGAUCGUCGGCAUUCCGGCCCGCGACGACGCGGCGGCCGAGCGGCCCGCCAAGGCCGCCAGGACGGACGCCGCCGCGGCGGCCGCCGCGGCGCCGCCCGAGGGCGGGCCGCAGGACGCAGACGGCGGCGGCGGCGGCAAGCCAGUCGGCAGCACGGCGCCCAGCGGCACAGGGGGCAGGCCGCCGCCCAGGUGGCAGGCCGCCCGGGACGCGCGGCUCCUCUUCGAGAGCACCGGCGACGCCCAGGCCGCACUCGAGGCCAUGCCCAAGAGCCAGCACCUGGAGCGCUGCGUGCUCGGGGCCCUGGCGAGGGCCCUGCCGCCCGUGGAGGCGCUGCGGCAGCUGCCGCACCAGGCGCUGUCGCUCUACGCCCACGCGGCGCAGAGCGCCGUGUGGAACGCCGCCCUCUCGCGCAGGCUGCGGGAGCUUGGCCCGCGCCCCGUCGUCGGGGACCUCGUCCUGGCGAGCCCCGGCGACCAGCCCGUGGACGCGGACGAGGACCCCGGGGCCACCGCCGAGGACGCGGCGGGCGCGGAGGAGCCCGGGGAGGGCGCCGAGGAGGCGGCCGAGGAGGCGGCGCAGGCGUGCCUGCCGGCGGUGCGGGCCCUUGCGAGCGUCGAGGAGCUCGAGGGCGUGGAGCUCUCCGACGUCGUGCUGCCCCUGCCCGGCUCCGAGGUGGAGUACCCGCCGUGCCUGCGGGCCGCCUACGAGGAGAUCUGCCAGGGCCUGCUGGGCCUGCCGCUGCAGGCGUUCCGGGACUCGGAGCUGGUGCGGCUCACCGGCUCCUACCGGCGCGCGGCCGUGAGGCCCGCCGGGCUGUCUUGGCGGCUCGUCCCCGCCGCGGAGGGCAAACCGCACGGCAACCUGCUGACGUCCGACGUGACCAGGCUGCUGGGCGACCGGCCCUCGUGGGAGGCCGGCGGCGGCGCCGCGGCGGCCACGGCGCCAGCGCACGGGCUGCCCGGCGAGGCGACGCCCGAAGAGGCGGGCGGCGGCGCCGCGGCGGCCGCGGCGCCGGCGGAGGGGCCGCCCGCCGAGGUGCAGCCCGCAGAGGCGCCCCGGGCGGCAGCGGCGCCCCCCGGCGGGGGGCCCGCGGGCGACGCCGGCGCCGACGGCCUGCCGGCCGUCACCUUCAGCUGCACCCUGCCGCCCUCGGCCUACCUGACCAUGCUGCUGCGCGAG